UAUGACGUUGCGACGUCUUUACGCAGCCCAGUCGGUGGAAGCGACCGUGCCACCGCACCGACAGUAAAUGUCUUCUCGUUCUUUUUGCGCCCCACAUUUUGUGUCUCAAUUCGAAUGACAGUCCUUGCGGGACAGAGACAUCCUUCAUGGAGUGAAAAUCAUCGACGAAUUGGCUGCAUGGAGGUCGUUGACAGUCCGCUCAAUCUCGCCCAUCAGCAGUGCAGGAAGGCAGAUCGCUUGCUUGCAGCUGGAAAGUAUGAAGAGGCGAUUUCUUGCCAUGGGAAAGCAGCGGAACUCCUGACAGAAGCAAUGAAGACAACAGACUGUAAGCAGGCUCGUGUGUCCAUGGAGUUGCAGAGGGACAGUCAUAUUAAACAGAAGCAUUUUAUCCAAGAGCGCUGGAAGAGGGAAACCCGACGGGAGGCAACAAAAGCUCGACCUGCUACUGUGCCGACAUCCAACAGCCCGGCUCUCCUCACACAAUCCCAGUCAGCGGAUGAAAAUCAGCCCCACAACUCAGCUGUAGCGUGUAGAGGAGGUAGCGACAGAGAAUACGACACUCUACUCUACCAGCUUCAGACUCGACAAACAGGAAACCUCCAAUCUUUGACGCCCUGUCCUGGCUCCAAGACCACAAAAGAUGAUAAAACUCGCCUGGAAGAACAACAGACCACCAUCGAAGACCUGAGGCGCCUGGUCAACCAUUUGAUGGACGAGAACCAGCGGCUGACCUCUGAGAACAAGAGGCUACAAUCCGAAAACACCCGCAUGAGGGCGGAGGGUGCACACUUUGUGGAGCGCUCCGAGCUCUGGGUGCUCCCUCAAGCCGGGGCCAUGGCGACGGGGGGCAGCCAGGAGAGAAAAAGUACAGGAAAUAGAAAGGAGAUUGCGAUCCCUCAGCUGCCCCCGCUGGAGAUGCCUGUCCAGGAGGACCUGUGUUUGGACGACCUGCCUCCUCUGGAGCUGCCCACGGACAUCCGGAAUGAAUUGGAGGAGCUGCUGGACAAAGAUAAACUGUGAUAGAAACGUUGUUGAACAAAUCCUUGUUGUCCUUUACGUCUGCUCCACAUUCAAAAGGCGACAAAGAAAAGUGUGCAAGUUGAAUGGAAUCAUGACAUGUUCUACCACUAAUAUGCAGCAGAAGCUUCCUAGAGAAGAACCACAAACACCAGUGUGAUGUUCAGUGAGAUCUGCAUCAGCCUUCAGGUAUACCACUGAUCAUAACUCCAUGUCUAUUUUAUGGUGGCCAUUAAUGCACACACACUGACCCUUACACCAGCUUGGCCGGGAGCCAUGUUCCCCCAACAUACCUCAGGAUAUUUACCGCUACCUUUCAAUCUUUUUUUUGCUCUACCUUGGUUACCUAAAGGAAGACAACAGGAGCACACCCCAUGCAUCCGUUUGAGGAGAUCUACAACCAAUAAAAUAUGGAAUUGAACCUGAUAAAUCCCGAAUUUAGCAAAAUUACUUUGGAAGAACUCCUUCAUACAAGAUUGUUGGUUAAAAGACACAAUUUGCCUUUGACUAUAUUUCCCUUCAGCUUUCUGGCCAAAUAAGGUCAUAUAUUGAUUUCACACCCAACAUGCAAGAAUUAUGUGGUUUGAAUGGUUGUUAUUUAUGGAAGAUCAGAGUUUAGGUCGGUGCUACUUGUCUAACCUGGCCAGACAAACAACAUAAUGGAAUUGCAGAGAGAUUCAACCUUUUAAAACCACUGGACUUUAAAUAUUAUGUCUAUGUUGCUAUAAUAAUAAAAUAUUAUGUCCAUGUUGCUAUAAUAAUAAGCUACAGUGGUAAGAACACCUGCUAAAAGCUCAACUAAACUACCGUAUUUUCCAGACUAUAAGCCGCUACUUUUUUCCAACGGCUUAUAAAACAGUGCGGCUAACUGGAUAGAUUUUUCUUCACUAACGGCCAUAUUGUUUUGUAGUCAACAAAUAGUUUCCAUAUUACACUGAUAGACACUAAAAAGGUGUUGUUGUUUGUGUAAUGGCGCCACCUGUUGGAAGAGUUUGCUUCCUGCACGUGCUGCUGGCGACAAUGAAAUCAGUGAGGGCAGAAAUUAUUCAGGCCCCUUAAAAUGUUUCAUUGCAGACAUUUGUGAAAAUCAAAAAAGGUUGGUUUAUUUCUCGUUAAUGUACAUUCAGCACCACAUUUUGACAGAAAAAAAAAAAAAUUUGUAAAUUGAUUUAAAAUAAAAACUGAAAAAAUCACAUGUAUAUAAGUAUUCACAGUCUUUGCUCUAUACUUUGUUGAUGCACCUCAGGCAGCAACUACAGCCUCAAGUCUUUUUGAAUACGAUGCCACACGCUUGCACAGAGACAUCCUGGGUGAAAACCAACGCUUCUCCUCCAACCUGAUGGAGCCUGAGAGGUGCUGCAAGGAGGAAUGGGAGAAACUGCCCAAAGGUAGGUGUGGCAUCCUAUUCAAAAAGACUUUAGGCCGCCAUUGCUGCCAAAGGUGCAUCAACAAAGUACUGAGCAAAGGCUGUGAAUUUUUAUGUACAUGUAAUUUGAGCUUUUAAUUUUUGAUGAAUUUUCAAAGUUUUCUACAUUUCUCUGUUUUUCUGUCAAGAUGGGGUCCUGAGUGUACAUUAAUGAGAAAAAAACAUUUUUGAUCUUAAGAAAUGACUGCAAUGUAACAAGUGAAGAAUUUGAAGGGGUCUGAAUACUUUCCGUACCCACUAUGUUUGUAUCCAAAGUGUUUCUGCUCGAAAGGAUUAUUCAUUGAUCUCUCCAAGCAAAAUUUGUAAGUUGUACGAUAUAACUGAAACACCGUUACUUACCAAACCGUCCCGUGUCUGUAGGAGUGUUUACAUGCAUAUUUGUACGUUCUCUACCAUGACUUGAUUAACAUGGACCCAGACUUAAACAAGUUGAAAAAGUUAUUCGGGUGUUACCAUUUAGUGGUCAAUUGUAGGGAAUAUGUACUGUACUGUGCAAUCUACUAAUAAAAGUCUCAAUCAAUCGAUCAUAAUCCAAUCAAGCUAACACUGUUAGCGUUAGCGAAUAUGCCAUCACAUUUACACGUGUCUGUGUUAGUAUUAUUAACUUACAAUGACAUUCUUUAGUAUUGUUUCAGUUUCACAAAUACGUCAGUAGAUUUACCAAAACAUCACCAUGGACUUAUUGAGUCUCGUUAGCCGAUUGGAGAGUGAGCUUCUGCAGCUAGUGGGUCCAUGACUUCUGUUUUAUUUUACGGAAAUGGGAGAGGCCCUGAUGGACACAAUUAUGGUAUGUAAAUAAAUAUUUACAAAAUCUUCCGUACUAGUAACUAUCUGCGGCUGAUUUGAUUGAAUUGAUUAACGUGGACCUCGGGGUCCGCGUUAAUCAAUUCAUGGUAGUAAUAUGUGAAAAAUAAAAACUUUUCUUCUAAAACUUUUUGGGUACGGCCUACAUUCGGGUGCGCUUUAUAUCCUGGAAAAUACGGUAAUUUUAGAAAACAGAGGUAAGACAGUGUCAAAAUCAAGCAACCAGUCCAACAACAUAAUGUUCAAAACUUGGCCCAGGUUAUAUAUAAAUAUGUAUUAUUUAUUUAUAUAUAUAAAUAAAUAUAUAUGUGUGUAUGAAUACAUAUAUAUAUAUAUAUAUACAUAUAUAUAUAUAUGUGUGUAUAUGAAUAUAUAUGUCUAUAAUAUAUACACACUUACACUUGUAAAGAACAUAAUGUCAUGGCUGUCUUGAGUUUCCAAUCAUUUCUACAACUCUUGUUUUUUUGUGAUAAAGUGAUUGGAGUACAUACUUGUUGGUCACAAAAAAACUUUCAUGAGGUUUGGUUCUUUUAUGAAUUUUUUAUGGGUCUACUUAAAAUGUGACCAAAUUUGCUGGUUCAAAAGUAUACAUACAUCAAUGUUAAUGUCUGAGUUCCUUUGACUUUCCCGUUGUCCAUUUGUAACCGAGACUAUUGACUGCAUCACGAGCUCAGAGAAGUCAACAGGUGUCAAUCAUAAUCACUCACAUGACGUUAAGAGUUCAUGCCAUGAAGCUAAUUUGAUUAUAUAGUAUAGUUUUCUACAUCACCAAAAUUGACAAUGUAUGUUGCUGUUUGUAAACUUUUGACCCGGCAGAUUUGGUCACAUUUUCAGUAGACCCAUAAUAAAUUCAUAAAAGAACCAAACCUCAUGAAUGUUGUUUUUGUGACCAACAAGUAUGUGCUCCAAUCACUCUAUCACAAAAAAUAAGACUUGUAGAAAUUAUUGGAAACUCAAGACAGCCAUGACAGUAUGUUCUUUACAAGUGUGUGUAAACUUUUUACCACAAUUUUUAUAUAUAUAUAUAUAUAUAUAUAUAUAUAUAUAUAUAUAUAUAUAUAUGCCUGCUCAGAACAACAGCUAAACCUCAAAUAUAGUUUACACUAAGAACUACAGUAACAUGAAAUGAAAGUUAGUUCAAAGACAAACUGGAAAAAAAAUGUCUUGCACCUUGAAACAUGAUCAUUAUUCGGUCAAUAAACAUGUUUGUGCCAUUUGUACAUUUUGAACUUCCAAAGUUGAAGUGAAAUAACAGAAGAAGGUUAUUAUUGUUCAUGUUAUUCUUUUCCCAUGACUUCUUGACAUUGUUGAGAGCAUCAUCAACAAACGUGUCUCUUGUCUUGUCGUCUUGAAACAUAUCAACAACACUUGAACGCAUCGCUGUGAGCCUCUUAUUGUUUUUUGUUCACAACAAAAAUGGAAUCAAUUCUCUACUGAUGAGCUUCUGGACAGCGAUAUAAACAUUUAGCCCAUAAAAACCAGCAACGACAGUUGUUUGUGCACAGUGCCACACCUGUUAAACGUUUAUUAUUGUAAACAUAAUUAUUGAGUGUCUUUUUGCCAGUGUGACAAAUGUGUCAUGUCAGGCUUUCUUUUUUUCUUUUGUAUGUAUUAAUUCAAGAAUGAUAGUUACAUUGAAAUAUCAUUAGGAUUUUUGAAAGGGCUUAAAAUAACUAAAUGGCAAAAAAACAACAAAAAAUAUAUAUAUAUAAAUAUAUAUAUAACAUUGCCAUGUUGGUCAAAUCCUAGCCCCCUAUAGUCACGUGACUGUCACAUGACAAUCACUCCAAAAUGUUCCUUUUUCGUCAUUUUGGACCCGAAUACAAUGAAUAGCUCGAUUUAUGCUGAUUAUAGUCAUGCACAGAGAUGUACGUGGCUCGUUUUAAGCUAUUAAAAGUUUUUGGUUCUUAUGGGCUAAAUUGAGAAGAGUGUAUUCUUUAAAAAUGUACCUGGCGUAGUGCUUUAACGAAAGCAAAUGUUGCCAUCUGGUGGCGGUUUGUGAAAGUCACCACAGUGAAAAUACAUUCUUUCGGGACAUUUCAAACUUGGUGUGAAAAAGUAUCUCAAACCACGCUACUUUUUUUCUUUUAUUGCUUCUGACGUAAUCUACAAAACAAUAUUCGAACCCUGCUGGAAAUGUAAAGCAGAAACGUGUGUGUGUUUGUGAUCGUAUCGUGAGAAAUAAUAAAAGGUAUGUCAUGGCCGAGCAGCCAUGUGAUGUUUGUAAAUACUUUUGAAAUAUGAUUAUUUUAAGAUAUAAUUCAAUGAAAUAAAUUUGUUUGACUUUUA